CGCCGGAAAUUGUCGGCGAGGCCGCUCCGAAGAUGGCGUAUCAGAGCCUGCAGCAGGAAUACCUUCAGAUCCCCCUGGUGACCCGGGCGUACACCACCGCCUGUGUGCUCACCACCGCCGCCGUGGUAGGAGUUUCGUGUCUGCUCGUCCUCGAUCCCGCUUCAGCCUGGAGGAGGCUCAUUGACAGCGGGAGGGUGAAAGAGGGAAGGAGAGUAGAAGGGAAGCAAUUGGAAAUAAUCACACCUUUCCAGCUGUACUUCAAUCCAGAGUUAAUAUUUAAACACUAUCAAGUUUGGAGAUUAAUUACAAAUUUCCUGUUUUUUGGUACAGUGGGAUUUAAUUUUUUGUUUAAUAUGAUAUUCCUAUAUCGAUAUUGUCGGAUGCUUGAAGAAGGGUCAUUCAGGGGUCGAACUGCAGAUUUUGUCUUUAUGUUUCUCUUUGGUGGAUUUUUAAUGACUAUCUUUGGCUUGUUUGUCAAUCUAGUGUUCUUGGGUCAGGCCUUUACUAUAAUGCUCGUAUACAUAUGGAGCAGGAGAAAUCCUUAUGUCAGGAUGAACUUUUUUGGGCUCCUUAAUUUUCAGGCUCCAUUCCUGCCCUGGGUGUUAAUGGGCUUCUCAUUGUUGCUUGGGAAUUCAAUCAUAGUGGAUUUGCUAGGAAUCGCUGUUGGCCAUAUCUACUAUUUUCUGGAAGAUGUGUUUCCAGACCAACCCGGUGGAGGUCGCCUGCUCAGGACUCCAAAUAUUUUGAAAGCUGUUUUUGACAUUCCUGAAGAAGAUCCCAACUACAACCCACUGCCCGAGGACCGACCUGGAGGUUUCAACUGGGGCGAGGGACAGCGACUUGGGGGCUAGUCACAAACCAACUGCGAACAACAUGCUCUCUGCAGGACCUCCAAGGAUGUAUUUGUUCUCUUUUGCCUUCCUACUGCCCCCCCAUCACCCUGGUUUGGUUCAGUUCAAUAAAUGCCACCUUGCAGAUUGCCAAUGAUCCACGAAGCAGCAAACACUUCAUGGAUGAUGGAUACCUGUUGACUUUUGAGGGUGAAUUACAAUUGGCCAACAGUGCCUAGAGCUUUGUCUGUUAUACUGGAAACAUUGACCUUCCAGUGAGAUUUAUUCCAUCAAACUGAGUGUUCACAUUAAUUGUCUCUUGGAAGAUCAAAUCUCUGAGGUUACAUUCAUUUAGUUGAAUGGGUAGCUAUAAUUUUUAUAUAACUGGUUUUAAUGAACAGUUGCUGACUGCUGAAAGAAUUCUUUUACAAUGAACACAGAGUUUAACCCAUCAACCUCACUCUGAUCUGAGACAUCAAAUUCCUGAACAAAACGCCAGCAGAUGGAGUCUUUGAUCUGUACUCAGCAGGGCUAAUACAGGAAUGUGUUACCUAAGCACAGUCGGCGUCAGCUAUCUUUCGAUCAGUAUGUUUUGUCAGUCACACAAGUGUACAGCUAAACCCUGUAGAUGUCAGUCUAAUCAGUAUUGGUUAAACAGAGUAACCCUUUGCUGUUGCACGCUCUUUCCCUGUUUCAUGCUGGUGAUUACACUCAUCUAAGAGUGUAACCUGGCCAAACACACCACAGCAAGCCACCGUAAUCUGAGGACAUCUUCAUAUCCUUUUCAGUGUCACAGUGCCUGGCAUCUAGGUAACAUAUGCCCGUGGCUAGAUCGAGGUAGAAUACAUUUGUUUGUGAUAUGUUAGCCAUGAGGUUCACAGUCCCACACUGCACAAUGGAGUGUAAACUGCUGCCUUGACUCAUGGGAAGGGUAUGUAAAUGUACUUGCUAGUAGAAAUAUUAGCAGAAAGCAGAUGUAUCUGAGCGUUUCAGAUACCUCACAUAUAAUGGGAGGGUGAGAUGAUGCUUCUGUAAACUCAUUCUCCAUUAAAUUCUUACACAUAAAUUAGCAGCACCCAGCUGUACAGGGGUAUCUGAAACAAACUGACUGCACAUCUGAAUAAGAAGAAUGCCUGGUCUGUAUUGAAACAGCCACACUUUGAUUAACUCCAUUAAACAGAGUGUGUGGGACACAACUCUUGUGUUUGCAAUUUCCCACACCAAUCUUCACUGAGUUGAUGCCCGUACUGAGGGAGGCUGAUGCCAGGUUGGGGUUCCCAGCACUUGGUUACGAAGCAGCCUUUUAGAUUCCCAGGUCCAAGAUCGCUUCAUAGGAAAUGCUGUGAGCACAAGAGAACUUACAGCAGAGGAACAAAGGGGCUGUGACAUGAGAGAAACAUUGCAAUACUAUAGGGAGAUUGAUGGGCCCUCAAACUCUGCUCCCCUCGUACAGGAGCAAAAUACUGCAGAUGCUGGAAAUCUGAAAUAAGAAAAUGCCACAAAUGUUCAACAGGUCAGGCAACACCUCUGAAGAGAGAAGCAGAGCUAACAUUGCAGGUUGAUGACCUUUCAUCUCAUGGUUUGGACACUGGAGAGAAUUCCCUUGCUCCUUGAAAUAGUGUUGUGGGAUCUUGUAUGUCUGUGUGAGAUUCUGUACCCCACAGGCCUGUAUCUGGUACCAAUAGGCCUGUCUCUGGAAGGUUGAAACAUUUUAAUCAAUUCGCACUUGUGCCAAAUCUAAAGUACUUUGGAUGUUUUUAAUCAUAAAAUUUGAUUCCCAUAAACUGUGAUGCUUUGAUAA